CGUUUCAGUACAAAAAGUAAAAGAAUCUGCCGGCAGAUAGCAGCAUCCGUUGCCGUCUGUUUUCAGUUUUGACACAUUCCAUCCACACAGCCGACACAGCAACAUACUGAUUGUGAAAUAGGCAAUACCCCAAUAGGCCCCUACGCUGCUAAGUGAACGUCAUAGACGGAAACGCCAUUGUCAUACGUAGUUACUAGUGAUUGUGGCUCGUGGGCAGGUCGCCGUGAGAUUUGACAGUUUGGUAACAAUAAUAAAUAAAUAAAAUAUGGCUAGUCGUACGUUGCCUCCGAAUCGUUCUCGAACUUCACUAGAUCAGGAAAGAGAAAAUUUUGAAAAAACACAGACCUUAGCUGUCAGUAAAGCUGUGAAUGAAUCUGAAGUACCUGUAAAAUCCAAGCAUGUUCGCAGUGCAAUUAUUGGCACAUUUCAAGGGAAAGGGAGCCAUACUUUUUGGUCCAUUGUUCUGAGACUACCCAUUCAUUCAAAUCCAAUUGUUGCAUGGAAAUUCUGCCAUACUUUACACAAAAUUUUGCGUGAGGGACAUCCAAAUGUCCUGAAAGAUUCACAGCAACACAGAGAAUUUUUAGUGGACAAGGGAAAAUUAUGGGGACUUCUUAAAGAUGGAUAUGGGAAGUUGAUCAAUUUGUACUGUCGACUUCUCGUGGUAAAGCUCGACUUUCAUCGAAGGAAUCCAAAAUUCCCGGGGAAUUUGAUGAUCAAAGAUGAGGGAAUUGAUGUUGUUUGUGAACAUGACAUUAACUUAUAUUUUCAGUUAUCAGUUGAGUUGCUGGACUAUAUGGAUGAGAUUCUUACCCUACAAGCAGCUGUAUUUGGUUCUUUGGAUAUGUCGCGAUCCAAUUCUAUGACGAAUGCGGGGCAAUGUCGGCUGGCUCCUCUUAUUCCAUGCAUACAAGAUUCUUCCCAAGUUUAUGAUUUCAUCGUGAAGCUUCUUUUUAAACUGCACAAUUGUCUACCACCCGAAACAUUGGAAGGCCACCGUAUCAGAUUUCUAAAGCAAUUCAAGGCUUUGCGGCAGUUUUACUUACAAUCCAGUACACUCCAAUAUUUCAAAACAUUAAUCCAAGUACCACACUUGGAUGAGAGUCCGCCAAAUUUUUUGAUAUCCAGCGAGUUAAGUCGUCACGUCACACCAGUUGUAAUACUACCAAACGAAGCCCUUCCGCCGCCGCAGGUAGACGAAACACUAGUUCAGUUGGAAUCGGAAAUACCGGAAAGAAAUGACUAUUCUCCUGAUUUAUUGCUAGAAAGAGAUCGCUAUAUAGAACAUCUUCUACAUCAACUGGAACAGUUAUCAGCGGAGUUGAGGAAAGUUCGUGCCGAGUAUAAUCAAGAGAAUGGAAUUCUACGACAAGAAAUACUUAAUUUAGAAUUGCGCAUGUCCGAAAAAGAAAACGAAAUAGAAGAAGCAUUGAAGGACAAGGAAGAUAUCGAACGGAAACUAAGUGAUGCAGCCCAAUCGGCACAGAUGGGAUCAGUCGUCCAAUUACAGUUAGAUGAAAUGGGAAAAAGAGCAAAAGGAUGGGAAGACAAAUUUGUGAAAUUGAAAGAUGUGUAUCAAAAAUUGCGCGAUGAGCACAUCAAAUUGCUGCGUCAAAAAGCUGAAGUAGACAAGAAGCUUUCAGCUGCCAAUACUUCCCUCGAACAAAGCAACAAAAUUCAGUGUGAACUCCAAGAUUCACUCGAGUUAUCUAAGACUAGUCUGAAAGAUGCAGAAAAUGAGCUUAAUAUGCUUAAAACAGCCGAAGUUGCGAAGAUCCAGUUACUUGGUGAUGAAAAAAUUGAGCUUCAAGAGGCUAACAACAAAUUAAAUACAUUGAUAUCAGCGACUGAACUUAAAAUUACGGAAGUGGAAGAUCAGCUUGUUCAAAUUCAAGAGGAAAAAGCUAAACUGUUGCUAGAAGUAGAUCAGCUGAGCGCUACUUUAGAACUGAAAACCAAAGAACAAGAGGAGAUGCAUGCAAAUUUUGAGACGUUAAAGGCGAGCGCAACAAAUGGUGAAGUAGAAUUUGCUGCAUUUAAAACUGCUCAAGAUGUAACAAUUCAGCAGAUGACAAAAGAAAAGGAAGAUUUGUUGAUUAUUAAAAAUAACUUGCAGGAAAAGUAUGAAGAACUUGAACAGCAUAAUCAAGCCAUGACAAAACAAAUAAAUGAUCUUCAAGAAGAGCGGCAAAUAUUAGCAACGUCUACUACUGACUUGAAAAAUGAGUUAGAUCAUAGGAAACAUAAGUCUCUGGAAUUGAAUGAAGCAUUAGAGCAAUCAAUUGAAUGUGGUAAGAAGUUGGAGGAAGAAUUCAAUAAUUUCAAAGUUGCUAAAGAAAACAGUAUCAAGGAAAUAACGGACGAAAGAGAACAAUUAAGAAAAAACGGUACAGAAAUGAAGGAAAAGUAUGAAGAUCUUGAACAGUAUAAUCAAGCCAUGACAAAACAGAUUAAUGAUCUUCAAGGAGAGCGACAAAUACUAACAACGUCUACUAUUGAGUUGAAAAACGAGUUGGAUCAUAGUAAACAAAAGUCUCUGGAGUUGAACGAAGCAUUAGAGCAAUCGAUUGCGAGUGGUAAGAAGUUGGAGGAAGAAUUCAAUAAUUGCAAAAUUGCAAAAGAAAACAAUAUCAAGGAAUUGACCGACGAAAGCGAACAGUUGAGAAAAUAUGGUGCCCAAAUGAAGGAAAGUGUCGCCAAGUUAGAACAACAAUUGCAACAUAUUGAUGGCGAAAAAAAUAAUUUGCAGGAGGAAACCCGAAAGUUGCUACAGCAGAAUGAUUCAUUGACUGCUCAUUACAAAUCAAUGCUUGAAGCUAGCAAACUUGAAGCGAUGAAUCUAUUCCAUCAGCUUCUAAUUGAUUGCUCUUUAAAGGGAGAGCAAUAUUUGGAAAAAUGUGUAUUAGACUUGGCAAAACCUCCCGUUCUUGCUUUAAAUCUUCAAGAUCAUAGUGGAUUCACUAUUAAAGGAGCCUUAUGUUUGUUGAAAACGCUAUCCGAGUCGUUGAAUGCAUAUUGUUCAAGCAACAAAAGUGACGAUGUCGCAUCCCGCAUAGUACCCUUAAUAUUCCCCUUUGCCCAAUCGAUCGGUUUUGUAUUGCUUCAUGGACAGCAGCUGGCCCACAGUCUAACUGAUAUUGAAAAAGUUGAUGAGAUGCUAAAGAAGUGUGUUGCGGCAGGAAAGAUAACCAUUCUAUUUUUCCGAAUUCUUCAGCAGCCUUUCCAGAAUGAAGAAAUCAAUUCGAAUUCAAAUUUGGUUGAAAAUGCUCUUCGAGAUUUAGAUAAACUAGUUAUUGCUGUAACUGAAUCAUUGAAAGCCAACGUUGAACAUAACGUCGGCGAAGAACUCGAGUCUGAAUUAGGAGCUAUGGAACGAGCUAUAGAAGAGGCAGCUGCGCGAAUCGCAAAACUAUGGGAUAGUUCUAAACAAUCCCACACUGGAGUUAAAUUGGAAGUGAGCGAAAAGGUUCUGGAUUCAUGUACCGCAUUGAUGAAGGCAAUCGUUGAUUUAAUCAAAAAAGCUAAAGUCCUUCAAGAAGAAAUAGUUGCGCGUGGAAAAGGAUCUGCUACUGCAAGAGAUUUCUACAAACGAAAUCAUCGUUGGACUGAAGGUCUGCUGUCGGCAGCUAAGGCCGUUGGUUUCGGAGCGAAGCUGUUAACAGACGCAGCAGACAAUGUGGUUAAAGGGCAAGCUAAAUUCGAACAACUAACAGUGGCAUCCCAAGAAAUCGCCGCCUCCACGGCUCAGCUGGUGUUUGCAAGUCGCGUUAAAGCAGAACUACAAAGUAAAAACCUCCAAGCAUUGGCUGAAUCGUCUAAAGCUGUUUCGUUGGCUACUGGAGGGGUGGUUGCGACAGCUAAACAUUGUGCAGAACUUGUCGAAGAAUCGACGGUUCUGGACUUCGCACAUUUGACACUGCAUCAAGCCAAACGAUUAGAAAUGGAGUCACAGAUAAAAUUUUUGGAGUUCGAGUCUUUGCUGGAAAAAGAACGUGUCCGAUUGUCGGCUAUCAGAAGACAGCAUUACCAACUUGCGGGUGACACUGAUUCGUAAAUUUCCAAACCACCCGCUGUAGCUGGUGUGUCAUUUUUAAUUGCAACGUAAAGAACGCGCAAUUUUUUUAAAUUUUCGUUCUGCAAGUUCAAAUCAAGUUUCUUUAAUUUUCUAUUAUAAGCACCUAUUUCAUUUUCAUCUUUAUAGUUUAAAAGAAAUCCAUUGUCUUAUUGACAAGUAGAUUUUGGAGAGAAUUUGAAUGUCAUUCCGCUGUUUAAAUUGUUAUUGUGCCAAAAUUUCGGAAUGUUAAUAAUGAUAUGAAUUACCAAUUGUAUUAAUUCUGCUUUUCAAAUACCAAGCACUACAACACAA